AUGGCGCCUAGCUCGGCCUCCGCGUUCCCCUACGUUCAACCAGCUCUUUCACAACUCUUGGUCGUCGGGUCUUUCUUAUAUUUUUUAAACGUUAUUCGUGUACUUGCAGAUCAUUUCGCUCAUGCCGGGAUCGUCGCAGAAUUGUUAUUAGGCGUAAUUUAUGGCACCCCUCUCGCGAAUAUCCUACCUCAGGAUUGGGAGGCAACGUUCAGUACACUGGGAUACUUAGGCUUGGUAUGGAUGGUAUUCGAAGAAGCCAGCAGUUUGCGGAAAUGUGUGCGCUCAUCGAGCAUUAUUGUCAUAGGCGGCCUGUCCACUAAUCUACCAGUACUCUUCUCCAAUCUUCCUCUUUCCUGUCUUUGUGCUCUGACCGGGAUCACUCUCCCGAUCGCAUUUUCUUUUGCCUUGCUCUCUGGGGGCUUUGGAUACGGAAAUCUAGAAGCGUUUGCAGCAGGCGCUGCGCUGUCCUCCACUAGCCUCGGAACUACCCUUGCAGCGCUGAACAGCGUGAGUAGAGAUAACUACAGCAUCCCAGAGAAAUUUGCAGAAAACGAAGCUCUUUCCGACAAGAACGAGGGAAUUAUUGCAAAUGCCGUGCAAGAUGUGCGUGCCGAUCCGAUGGACCUUGUAGAUAGAGCACAGUGGCGUACGGACCACCAUUCGAAACGACAGACUACAAGUCUUAGGCCAGUUCCCUCAGCUUCGUUGCCUUCACGUGUACCAUCUAGCAUUUCCUUACAACAGACCCGCAUAGGUACUAUUUUAGUUAGCGCAGCGAUCCUUGACGACGUCGUGGGUCUCGUCAUUGCUGCAUUGAUCCCCGCACUGGUCACCUCGAGCUCCUCUGGUUCCCAACCACCUCAUUUUGCGUGGACGCUGAUCCGCCCACUGCUUUCGUCCAUACUAAUGGCGAGUCUAACACCACCUGUCGCGCGUUUUAUAUUGCGCCCCGCAUUCUGGUUUCAUUCGAUAGGCGAACAGUGGUGUGCCCCUGCAAGUAUAGGAAAAUCAUGGGGAUGGUCGCAUUUAUCGACCAAGGCGAAGAUGUCGACUGACCGUAGCAAUUCUUGGGGAACGGAAGCCCAUGCGGAUGCCGUGAAGCUAGCCAUGAUGGUAUGCACACUUGGCGCAUUCGCAGCAAUCGCAUAUUACACGGGAAGUAGUGUGCUAUUCGGCGCGUACAUUGCCGGCCUCACGCUGACUUACGUUUCAAAACUUCCUGUCUCGACAUCUGACGAUACCAACGAUGGGGAGGGUCGCGCAUUCAAGCGUUCCGAGGCACUUUCGUUUGAGAGCACGUUCACCCAGACGAUCGGGCCUCUACAACAAUACUUAUUGGUGCCAUUAUUCUUCGCCAGUAUCGGCUACGCUAUUCCAUUUUUAUCCCUCUGGAACGGCACCAUCUUCUGGCGAGGGAUUGUGUACGCUGUUCUCAUGAGUAUCGGCAAGUUGAUGGUGGGGGUGCCAAUCAUCUUGUGGACUAUAUCUCCUCAUUUGUAUCAAAGCUUUGGCUGGUGGUGGAAAGCCUGCUCGAACUCCAAAUAUGCCCACAGGCGAGACCCACAGGUGACAGGGCAGCUGCCUUUGCACACGUCUUGGCGGAGUACAUUCACCGCCUCUAUCUAUCCUGCAAUGUUCACAGGCAUUGCUAUGGUCUCACGCGGAGAGAUCGGCCUACUUAUAGCUGAAAUUGCCAGACAUGGCCCGGUAAUUUCAGAUUCUGACGUGGGGCAGAGUAGCGGAUUGUUGGGUGAUGAAGCUUUUUUGGUGUGUAUAUGGGCGAUUUUGAUAUGUACUUUGAUUGGUCCGAUCGGCGUCGCUUUUGUGGUACGGCGAUGGGGCGAGAAAGUCACCCACGGAAGAUGGACAUGA